AUGGAUCAAUACGACGUCGCAGUUGUGGGACUUGGUGUCCUUGGAAGUGGAGCGGCAUACUAUGCCGCCAAAAAGGGCGCCAAAGUGAUUGCAUUCGAGCAGUUCGAGCUUGGCCAUGUGCGCGGAGCGUCUCAUGAUACUUCUCGCAUUGUUCGAACGUCCAAUUUCGCACCGGAAUAUGUCGCGCUCGCCAAAUCAGCUUACAAGGACUGGGCGGAACUUGAAAGGGAUUCUGGCUACAAGAUGUUGACUGUCACCGGCGGCGUUGUAUUCUUUGCUCCAGAUUCACCAACCCCAGCUAGCGACUUCACGAAGAGUCUGGAUUCUCAGAAUGUUCCAUAUGAACUACUUAACUCCCAGGAAGUGAAGCGGCGAUGGCCUCAAUUUGACAUCCCCGACAACGUGUCCACGGUGUUCACGGCCGACUCUGGUAUCGCGCAUGCUGCAAAGACGGUUGGCACUUUGCAAUCUCUGGCGCGGUCUCACGGCGCGGUUUUGAAAGACAACACACCGGUCGAUCGCCUCACACCCCAGGCAUCGGGUGGUGUCGUGAUCGAGACACCUAAAGGGCGAUUCAAAGCCGCCAAGGUCGUUCUUGCAACGGAUGCAUGGAUUAACAAGCUCCUCGCUCCUCUCUCCGUCCAUAUCCCAGUUUCCGUUAUGCAGGAACAGGUGACAUACUAUAAGCCCACCGACGCGGCUCCUUUUCACACCGAUCGGUUUCCCGUGUGGAUCUGGCAAGGCACUAAUUGCUACUACGGAUUUCCAUGUUACGGCGAGCCAACCAUCAAGGCUGGCCGCGAUUACUCCAACAACUUUAUGACUCCUGAUCAACGCACAUUCGUACAUUCACCCCAGCUGCUCGAGCAGCUGACAUCCUUUAUGAAGGGCUUUAUCCCUGACAAAGAGCGCCAACCGCUUCGCACAGUGACUUGCCAGUACGCGAUCACUCCCGACCGACAGUUCAUCAUCAGUCCGCUGGAAAACCACCCUGAUAUUAUUGUUGGGCUGGGAGCCGCCCAUGCUUUCAAGUUUGCUCCUGCCUUUGGCCGGGCUCUAGCAGAGCUUGCAGUGGACGGCCAGACCAAGGAGGAUAUUUCAAAAUGGGGAAUUCCAAAGGCUGCCACUCUCAAAAGCAAGCUUUGA